AUGCUCCCGGCUCAGGAGGCGGCCAAAAUCUACCACACCAACUACGUGCGUAACGCGCGCGCCAUGGGCGUGCUGUGGACGGUGUUCACCAUCACAUUCGCCGUCAUCACGGUGGUGGUGUUCAUUCAGCCGUACUGGAUCGGGGACAGCGUGAACACGCCUCAGGCCGGAUACUUCGGCCUUUUCCACUACUGCAUCGGGAACGCGCUCACCUCGGAGCUCACGUGCAAAGGGAGCGCGCUGGACUUCGGCUCCAUUCCGUCCGGCGCGUUUAAGACCGCCAUGUUCUUCGUGGGCAUCUCCAUGCUGCUGGUGGUGGGCAGCAUCGUGUGCUUCAGUCUCUUCUUCUUCUGCAACGCGGGAAGUGUGUACAAGAUCUGCGCGUGGAUGCAACUCGCCUCCAGCACGUGCAUGGUGAUUGGCUGCAUGAUCUACCCUGACGGUUGGGACUCGGAGGAGGUGAAGCGCAUGUGCGGUCAGCGCACAGAUAAAUACACUCUGGGGAACUGCACGGUGCGCUGGGCGUACAUCCUCGCCAUCAUCUCCAUCAUGGACUCUCUGAUCCUCUCCUUCCUCGCCUUCAGCCUGGGCAGCCGCCAGGACAAGCUGCUGCCUGAGGACUUCCAGGUGGAGGGCAAAGGUGAGGAACAAAGCUCUCACUUAUCAACAGGAGAUAAUGAAUAGAUCUUCAGGAAGGACAAAGUGGACGAGUUUGAACUUUCACCUGGAAAUACACAGUAAAUAAAUCUGCAUCAUCACUUCAACUGUUACAUUUUCAACACAUUGUUGUAGACUGUGUAAAGCCCCAUCAUGUAACCUUUCUGUGAGUGGACUUGCAUCUCCACAGACCUGACUCUUAUUUGACCUGGAGGAGGGCCUCCUGUUUGUUUCCAUGGAGAUGUAGUUAUAGCCAAGUUUGACCAUAAUCUUCUACAGUAAAGA